AUGGGACAAAAAUCCCUCAUCUACAGUUUUGUGGCCAGAGGCAAGGUGAUCCUCGCGGAGUAUACCGAGUUCAAGGGGAAUUUCACAACCGUUGCCGCCCAAUGUCUUGAAAAACUUCCUCCCAACAACAAUCGGUUUACAUAUAAUUGCGAUGGCCAUACCUUCAAUUACCUCAUUGAUAAUGGAUAUACAUUCUGUGUUGUUGCGGUUGAAUCUGCUGGCAGGCAACUUCCCAUGGCUUUUUUGGAACGCGUCAAGGAUGAUUUUAACAAGAAAUAUGCAGGAGGCAAAGCUGCAUCUGCUGCUGCCAAGAGCCUGAACAAAUCAUUUGGACCAAAAUUGAAGGAGCAGAUGGUAUACUGUGUUACUCAUCCUGAGGAGAUUGACAAGAUUGCUAAGGUGAAAGCCCAGGUUUCUGAAGUCAAGGGAGUUAUGAUGGAAAACAUCGAGAAGGUCCUUGAUCGUGGUGAGAAGAUUGAACUGCUGGUCGAUAAAACUGACAACCUUCGCAAUCAGGCAAAUGAUUUCAAGAAACAAGGAACCAAGAUGAAAAGGAAGAUGUGGGUUCAGAACAUGAAGAUUAAACUGAUAGUCGGGGGUCUCGUUCUUGUUUUGAUUCUGCUCGUCGUUAUGUCGAUCUGCAAUAACUUGAGGUGCUUUUGA